ACCAGCUCCUAGCUUUCCUCCGCUGGUGUCGAGGCUAGCUGAGGGAGAGAAACCGUGGGAGAAGGGUAGAAAGCGUGGGGUAAAAACAUUCAUUAAACUCGGUUAACACCUGGCAGCGGCGAAGAAAGAAACUGAACAGGCAUCAUCUCCAUCUCUCCCUUGGCUCUCAUCACCUCCCAGCUACCAUAUCUUUAAGUCACCGUGUGCCUCCAUACCCGAUUAGUUCACAUUUUUACCUUCAGCCAAGCAGAAACACCAGCAAAGAAGCUUUAAGUAAAAUCAGACAGCAACCAAAGUCAGUAUUUCAUUCAGUUUGGCACCUCAGAUCAUUUCUAAUUAGUUUAAAAUCCAAAGUUCCUGGUUGUUUUUCAGUGUUAGUCAGUUAUUUUGUCAGGCCAUUCUCUAAAAUUACCAUUAUGGCCUCAGUAACCCACUCCUCUGAGCCGGAGAUCCCAGACAACCACAAAGAGAGCUGGUUGGCUCUACUCUCCGCUGCGGAAGCCUAUUGCCAAAAGUCCGGCUGCGACCUGGCCAUCCUCACGGCCUGCAAGAAGUUCCGGUUGAUUGCCGGUGAAGGUGAAGUCGGGAAGAAGCGGGAAAGCGGCGCCGGCUUUCCGAAGGAAUGCGAGUUCUCCUACAGCGUGUGGGGUCAGGGCUUCCUGGCCGAGUCGACGCGCCGCUACGUGGACGACAUCGGCGUGCUGCACGCCACGUCCAUGCUGACGGCCCAGAAGCACACGCGGCAAAGCGCAGGAGAGCAAGGAGGCAAGCUGCUGGUUGAUUUGACCUCUGACACCGGAUACAGAGGGAGCUUCACAGGCGACGGCGUAGUGGGCGGAGUCAGCCCCAACAACAGACUGUACUCCCAGAGCUACCCGUCCAUCUACAGCCCGGACGGCUCCAGCCAGCAGGGCGGCGGGCAGAACGGCAACCGGGAGCGGGAGCGGAGCGCCACAGAGGUGGAGCGAGAGAGACAGAGAGCCGGCAUCGUAGACCUGGAGGAGGAAGGAGAAGAGGCGGAGGAAGAGGAGGAAGACAUGGAUGAGAGGCGACCAUACGGGAAUGAAAGUGCAGGCGUUUUCUCCAUGGACGAGGACUCUAUUUCUCGUGACUGUGAGCCGUUCUUUGAGUCCGACGGGGAGGAGGAAAGCACCGACGGCUCGCUGAGCGAGGACGCCCCGCCGCCGCCGGCGCGCGGCGGCCUGGCCGUGGGGCAGCACGCCUUCUCGUCGCGCCACGCCCACCCCACGGCGCUGGCGCGCUCGCUGCCCGUGUCCGUCCCCGUGUGGGGCUGCAAGAGCAGCAGAGCCGCUCCGGGAGACGGCAACAGCGGAGAGCGGGCGGGCUGCGCCGACCUGGAGCACAUCGCCGCCAGCAUGAAGGCCCUGCUGGUCCCCGGCGCCACCGACGGGACGGAGAUGUUCGGCGCUCUGCCGCGGCCGCGACUCAACACGGGCGACUUCUCGCUCAAACACUGAGAGACGGCGAGCGGGAAAAAACAUGGCGGAGAGGAGAACAAGAAAAGCCUGGAAUGUGUGAAUCAGUGUCAAAGCUCGAAUCUGUUUAUCGUUUCACUCACUAAAAAGAAAUUAACUGCUUUACAGGGUCGUGAAGAAAUGUUACGAACACUAACGGCAUCUUCAACACUAUUUCUCCCCAACGACGUCUCACAGAGCGGCGCCGCGUUAGUUCGGACCGGACCGAGCAGCGCCGCGGUUCGGACCGGACCGAGGCGGCGCUGCGUUCAGACCAGUUCUGACCGGACCGGGCGGCGCCGCGUUAGUUCGGACCGGGCCGAGGCGGCGCUGCGGUUCGGACUGGGCUGAGGCGGCGCUGCGUUCGGAUCAGUUCUGACCGGACCGGGCGGCGCCGCGUUAGUUCGGACCGGGCCGAGGCGGCGCUGCGGUUCGGACCGGGCUGAGACGGCGCUGCGUUCGGUCCAGUUCUGACCGGACUGAGCGGCAGCGCUGCAUUCGGACCGGGCGGCGCCGCUAGUUCAGUUCUGUCCGGGCCGAGCGGCGCCGAGUUCCGGCCGAGCGGCUCAGACGGGAGGAGCUGAUUGGUCCGGUGACGUCAGAGAUCUUUGCUAGUCAGCAGACACGUGUUGGUUUAAGUAGCAACAGGUGGGAAAUCUUCAUGUAAACAUAAAAAAUGUUUUAGAGGCGAAGUCCUGCUCGUGUUCGACUUCUUAUCACUUCGGGAUCAGGGCUGGGCGAUGAAUCGAUUUUAUCAGUCGAAUUUCUGGCUUUACAAGAUUUAAUCUGGAUUUUUCAGAUUUUCUUUUCCACCAUUGCGUUCAUUGGGUUUCCAUAGUUACGAGUGAUGUCAGCACACACGAGGCCGCCAUCUUGUGUUUUACAGCUUCUAUUCAUUUGGAUUUUGAAUAUUAGACCCAAGCUACGAUUUAAUUUUUUUCUUUCUUUUAAAUUAUGAGAAUAUAGUCAUAAUGUUUAAGAAUAGAGUCGGAUAAAAUAGCAAUUUUAUGAAAAUUGCGACACAAAAAGUAACAAAAUUAAAAUGAGGAGUGCUGAGCAGAUGCGUAAAUAAUUCAAUUUUAACACAUCAUUUAAAUUGUCAUCAGUAUCGGGACUUUUAAAUGACGCAAACGACUAUUUGGAAAUAAGAAUCACACUAACCGAGUUACUCACAUUACAUCUUAACCCUAAAAACAUUUUUCUUAAUAAAACAACUUUUUCUCGUAAUUUUAAAACGUCGUUCUGGUAAAAUUGAGUUUUUAUUCUGCUAACAUUAUGAUUUUAUUCUCAUAAUUAAGCAAAAACAUUCUCAUAGUCUGGUCCUGAUGAUCCGUAACAACUCGGAAGGAAUCAGAAAAAUAAAAUCCACUUAUUUUGGAAAAGAAAUCAACAAAAUGUUUUAUUUUUAGUAUUUACCGCCCAGCCCUGCUCAGGAUUAUCCACAUCAGCGCCUUCUGACUCCCAGAUUUGCUGUGUAAUAAUCCAAAGUGAUGCUUCGUCUCUUAGAUUUACCUCAAACGGAUCAGUUAGUGGUGAAGAUCAGGGGAGUUUUGCCUCCAACACUAAAACUUCACUCAGAAAUUAGAAGUUGCUGCUUUUGCGUUCACAUGCGUGCUAACACAUUAGGUAACUGCUAAGCUUUAGCCACGUGCUGUGAUGGGUUUCUGAACACUAAGCGAGUAUUUUGCUGGUUUUCUCAGUAUUUUUCAACCCUGGUUGAUUCAAAUGAUCUAAAAAAGGUGGAAGAGCUGCUUCUGAUUCUGCAGAAACUUAAAUUUUAGAUCGGUUUUCUAAUGUCGGUACAAUCAGGGUGCAAUCUGGAAUGUUUUUGCAAGAAGAAGAAUGCAGCCAAGCGUGCAGCUUUAAGGUUUUCUGCCUAAUAAACCUAAAAAAAAAUCAGGUCUGUUCUAACAUUUCUCUCACAAUGACCUUAAAGUCCAGGCUUAUGCAACCCAUAAACUUUAAUUUCACCUCAAAUUAAAAGUUUUUCUCCUAAUUUCAACAUGUAGUUUUGAAGAAAUGGGAACUGUAUGUUGUAAUAAAAGUUUGGUUAAUUUGUUGUUUGACAAAAUGCGGAGACUAACUGGCUCACCGUCAUCGGUUAUGUAACAGAGUAAAAAAACAAAACGGAUUUUAACACGAAGCUUGUUGCUUUUUUUGUAAAUGUGAGCAGAGGACACCAGCACCUUCUCAUUACAUGCCUAUUUUUUUAUUUCACCAAUGAAUGACUGAUUGAUGGGAUGAUUGUAAAUCGACUUCAUGUUCCAGGGGGAUGGUAAUGAUUUGUUUCUUGUUCCCCAUUUGCUCUGGAUGUGUUGUUAAAAUGCCUGAAUGGAAGAGAAAGUGACUUUGUUUGCGAGAGAAAGGAAGAGAGAUGUGCUAAAAAGUUAACAUCUCGGAUAUUUCAAACAUAAAUGUUCCGUUAAAUCCUUUUAUGUUUCAAAUAAAGGAGCAACACCAAGAAUAAA